CACCUCUCCUCUCUCCUCUCCCCCUCCCCCGCAAGCAGCCGCAAGCCGCCGAGGCCGACGGCGACGGGAGCCCCCCAAUCCCCAAAUCCUGCGGCGCGGGGCCUCAAAUUCGGCGCCGCGCAGCAGCCUCGGUCCGGCUUAUGGAUCCAGAUGUUCUCGUGGGCCCGUAGCAAGCAGUCCUCGCCCGCCUCCUCCUCCGGCCGCCGCGGCGGGGACGCCGCCGCCGCCAUGGACUCCGGAAGCAGCCGCCGCAGCGGCGGGGGGAGCGGGCACGGCAGCGGCAGCGGGAGCGGGAGCCGCGGACGCAGCCCGCGGCUGGAGCGGCGCAACGCGGCGAAGCACAUCGACUACGAGGCGGGCGCGGCGGCGACGACGUCCGUGUCCGCCUCGUGGUCGACCUCGUCGUCGGAGCGCUCGCCGGGGACGCGGCCGACGCGCUCGCUCGACCUCGCGACCAGGGGCGGCGGCGCGGACUUCCGCAUCAACGGCAGCGCGGAGGGGGAAGUCGACGAGCUCUGCCGCAGCCUGGGGCUGUCGGGCCCGGAGGACUUCGCCAUCCCCGUCGCCGCCUGGGAGGCCCGCAAGGCGCGCUCCAGCUCCGACCUCCUCGCCCGCCCCCGCCCGGACCCGGACUCGUCGGCUCCUCCCGCGGAGGAGCCCGCCCCCGUCGUCCGCACCGUCUCCGCCCCCGAGGUCCCGUGGCCCGCGCCUCACUCCUUCCCCGACCCCAUUCCCGAGGAGUCCAUCCACUCCUCCUCCGCUUCCACCGCCACUGCCACUGGCUCGGUGGACGAACCCAUCAUCGCGGCGCCGGAGGAAUCCCCCAAAGCUACCCGUGCGGUUGCUGUUGCGGCGCCCGUCGCGGCCUUGUCACUUCCCUCGCCGAGAAGGGGCGGCGGCGAGGUCGGGAUCCGGGGCGUCCGGCCGCCAGUGCUCUCCCCGCCUCCGCCGAUCACGGGACUUGCACCGCCACCGGCGAGGCAGUCGUCUGUGGCUGAGAUCAUGAGCGGAUCGGCCUGGGACAUUGUGAACUCGUUCGCUCCCACUGAGGCGAAUAGUGGACUGAGAAUGGCCUAUGAACAUGUUGAAACAUCUCGCAUGUCAGACACAGAGGAGGAUAAUCCUGAGGAGAACGAUGAAGGAUUGACAGGGCUUGAGGGGGAGCUUAAAGGGUGGAGGGUAGGGGAGACCUUUGAAGGGUUCACAGGGACAUCCUCAUUGUCGACAACGAAUGAUGAUGAUGCAUCUAGCACGAAUACAGAGGCUGUGUUCGUCAUCUCGCCGAAUGGCAAGUUCAAGCGGAACAUCAAGUCAUGGAUGCGUGGUGCACUUCUGGGAAGUGGCUCAUUCGGGAUGGUGUAUGAGGGGAUCAGUGAUGAAGGUGCGUUCUUUGCUGUUAAGGAAGUAUCUUUGCUUGACCAAGGAAGCAAUGCACAGCAAUCUAUUCUUUCACUUGAACAGGAAAUCGCUCUCCUUAGUCAGUUUGAACAUGAAAAUAUAGUCCAGUAUUAUGGAACUGACAAGGAAGAAUCAAAACUCUACAUUUUUAUUGAGCUUGUUACACAAGGUUCUCUUUCAUCCCUCUAUCAGAAGUAUAAACUGCGAGACUCACAAGUUUCUGCGUACACAAGGCAGAUUCUCAAUGGAUUGGUUUAUCUCCAUGAAAGGAAUGUGGUCCACAGAGAUAUCAAAUGCGCCAAUAUAUUGGUUCAUGCAAAUGGAUCGGUAAAACUUGCAGAUUUUGGUUUGGCAAAGGAGAUGUCUAAAAUUAAUAUGCUGAGAUCAUGCAAAGGAAGUGUUUAUUGGAUGGCACCUGAGGUUGUUAAUCCUAGAAAAACAUAUGGGCCUGCAGCUGAUAUGUGGAGCUUGGGCUGCACUGUGUUGGAAAUGCUAACCCGCCAAAUACCAUAUCCUAAUGUCGAGUGGACAAAUGCUUUCUUUAUGAUUGGCAAAGGAGAACAACCUCCCAUUCCCAGCUACCUGUCAGCAGAAGCUCAAGAUUUCAUACGCCAGUGUGUACGAGUCGAUCCAGACGAGCGACCUUCCGCAUCACAACUUUUGGCGCACCCAUUUGUUAACAGGCCACUUCGAGCUUCUUUUGAUUCUUUGUCUCCUCCGAUCAAUAGACCGUAUGGAUUUCAGCUGUUCCCGCACGUACUCGAGGCCUUUGACAGCCAGGCUAUCUGCGGACACCCGGCCCCGGCCCUGGCCCUGCCCCGGAAAUCAAAACCUCCUCUCGGCGCCGGCACGUUGCACACACGCCUGGCUUUGGCUCUGGCUGGCCGCACGCACGGCAAGCCGAGCGAAAUCCCAGCGGUGGGUGGGCGCACGCAUCACGCGCGCAGGGAUGUCAACAGAAAAGGCUCUGGCUUAUUCCGGCGCAGGACGCGACACGCGGUCGCCGCAUGCCCCCGCACCCCACACCCGCCCUGCAUCAUCAGCGUGCACUCCACCACCGCCGAAGCAACUAGUAGCAGCCAGACCCGGGCCUCGGAGCCGAGCCGAGCCUGCCUGCCUGGCCUGCGCGGCGCCCGAGGGCCCCGAGGGACGCGCCGCGCCAUCGCCGUCGCCAUGAGGAGGGCGCAGCCGCAGCAGGGGACGGGGGUGGUGCGCGUCGACAAGGCGUCGCCCGCGUCCAGCUUCCGCCAGCUCGACGACGCCUUCCUGCAGAAACAAACAAAAAUCUGGCUUGGCGAAGUUCUCCAUGUCAGGUUUGAUGAAGACAUUUUGGUAGCAGACCUUCUAGGUGACGGGGAAUUGCUAUUUCAAGUUUCCAAAGUGAUAUGGAAGAGGCUACUCAGAAAGAACAAAGAACAACUCAAGCAAUCAAAAGUAUAUAUUUAUGAGAGACCAUCUUUUGGUAAAAGCAACGGGAAAUAUACGCCCUAUCCAAAAGUAGACUCGUUUCUAAAGGUAUGCCAAACCCUUGGAUUAGCUGGAAUUGAUUUGUUUACCCCUUCUGAUGUGGUCGAGAAAAGAAAUGUUCGAAAAGUCUGCAUGUGCAUACGCUCACUCUCUAAAAAGGCCGGGAUGAUGCAGCUAAACGUGCCUGAUUUUGAUGUUGUUACCCACACAAUAGCCAUGCCCAACUAUAUUGUUGGAGGCAUCCGCAGAAGUCUGGAGCAGCCACAAUGCAGUUCAUCUUGUUCGAGUGGGCACAGUCCGCGUGCCAUUUCUAAAAGCAUAUUUGAAGGACAGAGUGAUGAGCAAAGCGACCGACAUUAUGACUCUGAUGAAGCAGAGAGCAGUCUCUUUGUGCUAGGGCCUCAGGAUUCUCUUGAUGACGACAAACUUUCUGAGCUUUUGCAGUUGGGUGAUGCCCCCAAGGAAGAAAGAGAAGGCUAUGGAGACAGUGGUCAUGAAAUGCCCAAAGAGAAGUCGCUAGCUGAAUCAGCGGGAUCACUUGAUGCUGGUGUUAUGGGUGCUGAUACUACGAAUUCAACUCCUUUUCAUGAGAACCUACUCUCACCAACAGAUCGGUGUUCAACAACUAGAAGAAAUAAAUGUUCACUAAGUUCAGAAGAGUCAGACUCCAUAAACAGUUAUUUAGCGUGCGACAGUAGCAAGAAUGAUGUGGGCGGUCCUCCUGUCGAAGUGUCUGAAAGGAUUCAUGAUGGACACGUCGAACCUUCACAUGAUUCUGUUCAGGGAAAUGGGAAAAUAUUCACUGAUCAUCCAGAAAAAGACGAUAGCGCAAGGACUAAGGAUCACAUGGAUGCUUGCAAAUCCGACGAACUGGAUAAAACUGAAAACAACAGAAAUGCUCAGGGGACCGGGAACAAUGCUCCCAAAUCAGGGAAAGGAGUGCUGAAGUCAGUUGCUGGAGGGAUCACGCUCAUCGGCGCGGUGUUCUUCGUAGCUCAUCUCAGGAGGAGCAAGGGGAUAAGCUUUACAACAAUUUUGCCUUCACUUUCUGAAAAAUCAAUUCAGAGCGACUCAAGGGCGAAGAAUGUAGACAACGGAAAGACAACCGAGGUGUAUCCAGGCGGAUGGCUCAAGGUUUGACAGGAGGGACAUGCCGAAUAAUCGGGCGCAAUUUGAAAGGUUAUGUCUGAUGUAAAUUCAUAUCUACCGUACUGAAGGAGCGAUAUAUACCAGCAGUAUCGUAAUUUGGUUAUAGAGCUGUGUCAAGUGACCUAAAGUUAAAUGUGUUAUAUAUUACCGUUCUUUCCAUGUAAAGAAUUGUAUAGCUUAUUUAUCACUGUUCAUAAUUCAGAGCAACUUUCUACUA